AUGCAAAAGACAGAGGAGGUCCAAAUCCAUCUAGCCACCUUUGCACAAUUUCUUGUCUUGCGAGUAAUUAUCAUGGCCUUGUUCAAGAAGACAAAGGAGGAUCUGGAUGGCAAUGAUGGCAAUCUCGCGGCUUCCAAAAGUGAGAGAACGAUCUCAAGUUUCGAAGAAAACGAGGAGCUCCAGGCUUGCCUUUCGAGUAUAUUCCCUGACAUCGAUUGCCUCGAUCCGCGACAAAACCCCCCAAAACUGGAUCCUACCUGGGGUGGACUUCAAAACCCCCCUUGGAGAGAAGUUAUCGCGCAUUUCUCACAGGCACCGACUGGUUAUUGUUUUACAUUUCGAAAUAAUGACCUUUGCAUAUCUACAGAGGACAUCGUCAAGGAAGCUCUCCAUCUCGAGCCAUGCCAAAUCACCCCGGAGAUAUGGACUCGUGAAUCUGAAAUUUUCGCGCCAACACGAUGGCAGCGUGUAACGGAAGCGCAGAAGAAUACUCUCCUCGCAUUGGGAUCCAGACCAUUCCUUUGCCCUGCAUACAGCCAAUUUGGUCCAAAAAUUAUUGGCCCUCCUCAUUGA